AUGGAUCACACUGAUAAUGAGUUACAAGGCACUAAUAGUUCUGGAUCAUUGGGUGGUCUUGAUGUUCGUAGACGAAUUCCUAUAAAGCUCAUCUCCAAGCAAGCGAACAAAGCUAAACCUGCACCUCGAACACCAAGGACGAUAAACAGGAUGCCUGCAAAGGCUCCUCCUGGUGAUGAAGAAGGAUUUGAUUAUAAUGAAGAAGAGCGGUAUGACUGUAAAGGGGGAGAACUAUUUGGAAAUCAGCGAAGAUUUCCUGGACACCUUUUUUGGGAUUUUCAGAUAAACAUCUUAGGUGAAAAGGAUGAUACACCAGUUCAUUUCUGUGACAAAUGUGGAUUGCCUAUUAAAAUCUAUGGGCGAAUGAUUCCGUGCAAGCAUGUUUUUUGCUAUGACUGUGCUAUUUUACAUGAAAAAAAGGGAGAUAAGAUGUGUCCAGGCUGUAGUGAUCCUGUGCAGCGAAUUGAGCAGUGUACACGAGGUUCUCUCUUCAUGUGUAGCAUUGUUCAAGGGUGCAAGAGAACGUAUUUGUCUCAAAGAGACUUACAGGCUCAUAUCAAUCACCGCCAUAUGAGAGCUGGAAAACCUGUUACCCGUGCUUCACUUGAAAAUGUUCAUCCUCCUAUUGCCCCACCACCAACUGAAAUCCCUGAUCGUUUUAUGAUGCCGCCAGACAAGCACCACAUGAGCCAUAUUCCGCCAAAGCAGCACAUCAUUAUGCCACCACCUCCUUUGCAACAUGUGCCUCACGAGCACUAUAAUCAGCCACAUGAGGAUAUUCGUGCUCCUCCAGCAGAAUUGUCCAUGGCUCCACCUCCACCUCGUUCGGUCAGUCAGGAAACCUUUCGUAUUUCGACAAGAAAACACAGCAAUUUAAUAACUGUCCCUAUUCAGGAUGAUUCAAAUUCAGGUGCUAGAGAACCACCACCUCCUGCCCCAGCACCUGCUCACCAUCAUCCUGAAUAUCAGGGUCAACCAGUGGUAUCGCACCCUCAUCAUAUUAUGCCUCCACAGCAACAUUAUGCACCACCCCCACCUCCUCCACCACCAAUAAGCCAUCCAAUGCCACAUCCUCCCCAGGCUGCAGGUACUCCUCACUUGGUUUAUAGCCAAGCUCCACCUCCACCAAUGACCUCUGCUCCACCACCAAUAACCCCUCCCCCUGGACAUAUUAUUGCCCAGAUGCCACCUUAUACGAAUCAUCCUCCUCCAGGACCUCCCCCACCUCAACAUGGUGGUCCACCUGUAAGUGCACCCCCUCCUCACCAUUAUAAUCCUAACUCUUUACCCCAGUUCACUGAAGAUCAAGGAACUCUGAGCCCUCCAUUUACACAACCAGGGGGAAUGAGUCCUGGUAUAUGGCCUGCACCAAGAGGGCCACCACCUCCUCCACGAAUGCAGGGUCCGCCUUCUCAAACCCCACUUCCUGGACCACAUCAUCCAGAUCAGACAAGAUAUAGACUGUAUUACCAAUGA